CGCAAUUUGUUUACGUAAUCCACGAGGAUGAAGCAGAUGGCAAAAGGAACUCAAGAGAACGGAAACUGGCUAUUAUUGGGCUUUUAUACGAACGAUUCCUGUCUUUGUAAGUGGACACGGUGAUACAAACGGAUUGUUGAGCCCCAGCCACGCUGAAAAAUCGCCGUAUCGCGGUGAGAAUUUACCCGGACGUCGUCGCCUGGACCCUGGCACCGUUAGAUCACGCACGCGUGGGGGUCACGAUGGACAAAAAGUUUAGUAAGGACAAACCCAACCCCAUAGCGAAAGCUGGUCUUCUUUCCAAAACCUUCUUUUGGUGGCUGAAUCCAUUGUUCAAGACUGGCUACAAGAGAACACUACAGGAAGAUGACAUGUACAAUGUUCUAUAUGAGGACAGCUCACAGAAACAGACGGAAGAUCUUGAAAGAGAGUGGCAGAAGGAAUUGGAUCAGGCUAAAGAAUCUUCCAAGCGACCACCCAGCCUGAGAUGGGCCCUGUUCAGGGUAUUUGGUGUCAAGUUUCUGCUGUUGGGACUUUGUACACUGUUAGUGGAAUCUAUCAGAACGACUCAGCCUAUCGUGUUAGCCUGGUUGAUUGACUACUUCUCCCCCGAGACCACUGUGACCACGACACAAGCGUACCUGUAUGUGUUGAUCAUCAGCGCUGGUGCCCUGGCCCAUACAGUCAUACACCACCCGUACAUGUUUGUGCUAAUGGAGCAAGGGUGGAGGAUGAGGGUAGCCUGCUGUGGACUUAUCUUUAGAAAGGCUUUAAAGCUAAACAACACUGCCUUAGUGAAGAGCAACACUGGACAGAUAGUCAACCUCAUGUCUAACGAUGUCAACAGAUUUGACCAGGGCUUCAUGUUCUUCAACUACUUGUGGAUCGGGCCACUUGAGAUCCUGACAGUGACCAUACUGUUGUACAGAGACUUGGGACCUUCCUGUCUGGCUGGGUUGGGCUUUAUGCUGGUCCAGCUAGCUCUAACAAGUGCCAUUGGAAAACUCUUCUCUAAGUACAGGAGCCAGACAGCCCAGAGAACAGACAGCCGCAUCAGGACCAUGAGUGAGAUCAUUUCCGCCAUGAGGGUCAUCAAGAUGUACACUUGGGAGAAACCAUUCAGUGAAAUGGUGGCCAAACUCAGGAAGCACGAGAUCCAGGUGGUCAUAAAGGCAGCCAUGUGCCGCGGACUGAACAUGGCGCUGUCAUCGAUCUCUCUACGGAUGGUCGUGUUCUUCACUUUCGUCACGUUUGCCCUGACGGGAAACAAUCUGAGUGCUGGAGUCGUCUUCAAGUCCAUUGGUCUGUACAACAUCCUACAGCUGGCCGUCAUGACGUUUAUCCCGCUGGCAGUAGCACAGGUGUCCGAGGCUUUAGUCUCCAUCAGGAGAAUACAGGAGUUCCUGCUACUGGAUGAGAUUGUGGAUUCGGAGACCUCCCGGAAAAAUAGUGUCAUCUCCGUCACAUCACCGCAGGACGCCGGCUGUAGUGUCAUUCUGGACAAGGUCAAGGCCAAAUGGGCAGGGGACAGUGAUCUGUUAACACUGAAGAACAUCAGCAUGAAACUGAAACCUGGUCAGCUGCUGGCAGUUAUAGGGCCUGUGGGGUCAGGGAAGUCUUCACUGCUCAGUACGGUUCUCCAAGAGCUGCCAGUGAUGUCAGGAGAGGUCAAAGUUCAUGGCAAGGUCGGCUACGCGUCCCAGCAGCCCUGGGUGUUCUCUGGUACUGUACGACAAAACAUCCUCUUCGGACGCCCAUAUAAGGAAGAAGACUACAGGAAAACCAUCCAAGCUUGUGCUCUCAAGAAGGACUUGGAACUCCUUCCCCACGGUGACAUGACACUGGUAGGAGACAGAGGGGUCACACUGAGUGGGGGGCAGAAGGCAAGGAUCAACCUGGCCAGAGCUGUGUACCAUGACGCUGAUGUUUACCUGCUUGACGACCCUCUCAGUGCAGUGGAUGCAGAAGUUGGGAGGCACCUGUUUAAUAGGUGUAUCCAGGGAGCAUUAAGAGACAAACCGCGGAUCCUGGUGACACAUCAGCUACAGUAUGUACAGGAGGCAGACCAGAUACUGGUUCUGCUGGAGGGUGAGCAAGUAACAUUAGGAACCUACAGUGAGCUUCUCCAGUCAGGGAUUGACUUUGCCAAGAUGAUGGCAAGAGAGGAGGAACAGGAAGAUGAGGAGGAUGGGAGGAAGCUGAACCGUCAGCUGUCAAAGGGCUCGUCUCGGAGACAAGUCCGUUCUCGAACCUUCUCUGAAGCUUCAAGUGCCAAGUCUGCGGAGUCAGAUGCUGAAGAAGAGGAGGUGUCUGUCCCCCUGCUUGAGGAAGAAGACAGGAUGACCGGCUCUGUGGGAUGGACCGUGUACAAAGACUAUUUCAAAGCUGGUGCAGGUGUUCUGGGAACUCUAUUUGCCAUAGUGGCGAACUCUGGCUACAUCAUCAUCUACUUUAUAGCCGACUGGUGGCUAGCAUAUUGGGCCAGACACGAAGAGGAGUAUCGUGCGGCAGCAGACAACUGGCCUGUCUCUAGAAAUGGCUACAAUGCAACAUUCCUGAAUGGUUCCGACGUCGUAGACUUUGCAAACACAACAGGAAACUCGACAGCCCUUUCUAUAUCUCCGGAUCCGCCCAAUAUGCAUUUCUACAUCUACAUAUUCACUGGACUGACGGCAGUCGCCCUGUUGUUGAGUCUCGUCAAAACUUGGCACCUUUUCUACAUCACGGUCCAGUCUUCGAAAAACCUCCAUAACGACAUGUUCAACGCAAUCAUCAGGGCUCCAAUCAGGUUCUUCGACACAAAUCCUGUGGGACGGAUCUUGAAUCGUUUCUCCAAAGACAUUGGGCAGCUAGACGACAUGUUUCCGUGGACAUUCACUGACUUUAUUGAGGGGUUUCUGGCAAUCUUUGGGAUCAUAGUUCUGGCUGGUAUCAUCAACCCCUGGGUGUUCAUCCCCACCAUUCCUCUGCUGUUGCUGUUCAUCUACAUCAGGAAAUAUUACCUGAGCACAUCCAGGGACAUCAAACGACUGGAGGGAACCACCCGUAGCCCAGUGUUCUCCCACCUGUCGGCCACCCUACAAGGCCUGUGGACCAUCCGAGCGUUCGGUGCCCAGGAGAGUUUCCAGCAGGAGUUUGAUGCUCACCAGGACCUUCACUCGGAGGCCUGGUUCCUGUUCCUGGCCGGUUCCCGCUGGAUGAGCGUCAGGAUCGACUUCCUCGCCUCCCUGUUUGUGACAGCUGUGACCGUCUGUAGUGUACCUGCUUCACAAGCGCUAGAUGGAGGCCUCGUGGGCCUGUCAGUGACGUACGCUAUCAUGGUCACAGGGUUCUUCCAGUGGGUGGUACGGCAGAGCGCUGAGGUGGAGAAUCUGAUGACAUCAGCAGAAAGGGUCGUGACUUACACCAAACUGGAACCUGAAGCUCCGCUGACAACCGGCACAAAACCUCCGCGGGACUGGCCUCAGUGCGGAGGCAUCGAGUUAGAGGCUGCUUCCUUCUCCUAUUCCGAAGACGGGCCCGACGUUCUCAAGAAACUGUGUGCCGUAAUACGUCCUCAGGAAAAGAUUGGCAUAGUAGGCAGGACAGGUGCAGGGAAGAGCUCCCUGAUGCAGAUGUUAUUCAGGAUGGCAGAACCACGAGGAACCGUCAGGAUAGACGGGGUGGACGUCACCGCGAUCGGACUCCACGACCUGAGGAAGAAAAUCUCCGUCAUCCCCCAGGACCCUGUGUUGUUCUCUGGUUCACUGAGGAGGAACUUGGAUCCCUUCAACGACUUCACGGACCUGCAACUCUGGAGUGCCAUAGAGGAGGUCCAGCUGAAACAGGCUGUAAACGAGUUGCAGGGAAAGCUGGAAUCUGAGAUGGCCGAAUCUGGGACUAACUUCAGUGUGGGCCAGAGGCAGCUGGUCUGCCUAGCCAGGGCUCUGCUUAGGAGAAACAGGAUUCUGAUCAUUGAUGAAGCAACUGCAAAUGUAGACCCAAGAACGGACCAGCUGAUUCAGGAAACCAUCCGAGAGAAGUUCAAGAACUGCACAGUGUUAACGAUAGCCCACAGACUCAACACUGUCAUUGACUCCGAUAGGAUCAUGGUCCUACAGGAGGGUCGAGUACAGGAGUUAGGAGAGUCACAUGCUCUACUACAGGACAGAGAUGGUGUGUUCACAGCUAUGGUGGACCAGUCUGGGAAAACAUUAGCAGCAGAGCUGAGAGAAGCAGCCAGACAGUGUUACAUAGAGAAGCACGGAACGGACCAAGUCUCUGAGGAUAGCCAUACUGCUUUAACUCUUUGUAAUGUGGAAUUUCUGACCACCGUUUAGAUUUUAAACUCUUAUGUAAUGGAGAAUUCUUUACAGUUUAGAUUGGACUCUUUGGAUGAUGGAAUUUUUUACCACUGUUUAGAUUUUGACUCUUUCUCACCCUCUCAUCACACGAACUAUUUGACUGUUGGGGCACCACAAGAGAUCUAGCUACCAGUUUUUCCACCCUUCUCUGUUUUUCUUUGUGUAUUUCAUUUAGUGUCAUGCCUAUCCAUUCUGAUAUUAAUAUACCCCCAUCUUUUCUGUCGUCUACCUCUCUUUUUCCAUCCCUGGGCAGUUUCUGGAUAGUUUCGGGUAGUUCUGAUGACCGUGACAUGUGACCGUACCACUUC